CUCCCGGCGACCCUUGCGCGCAUAUUGUGCGUCGUGAAAAUGGCCCCGUCCUGUUUCUCUCGUCGUUUCGGUUUCCUGUCAUGUUAAAUAAUUUGACCUGUUGUCGAACACCAAGACUGCGGACUCUGCGAUCGACUACAUUUUAAAGCCAACAUAACAUCAUGGUUUUAAUAACAAGAGUAAUGUUUCCAUGGAGGAACUUCCCUCUGCACACCUCAGCCCCCAGAAUGGUUUCAUCUGAGCCUGCUGGCUUGGUGAACUUCGUCCCUGCUUGCAGCUCCACCGAUGCCCAGUCUCUUGACUUGCUGCAGGACUUUGUCGGCCAUUCAAGGCGUCUGUUUGUGAUCACUGGUGCGGGUUUGUCCACAGAGUCCGGGAUCCCUGACUACAGGUCAGAAGGAGUUGGGCUGUAUGCGCGCACAGACCGCCGACCCAUGCAACACGCAGAGUUCAUCCGAAGCGCAAAAUCAAGGCAACGGUAUUGGGCCAGAAACUUUGUCGGGUGGCCUCAGUUCUCCUCUCACCAGCCCAACGCUGCACACAAGGUGCUGCAGCGCUGGGAGCAGCUGGGUAAGCUGCACUGGCUGCUCACCCAGAAUGUGGAUGCGCUUCAUUCAAAAGCUGGGCAGAAACGACUCACAGAGCUCCAUGGCUGCGCUCACAGGGUGAUGUGUUUAGGCUGCGGCACAAUCUCAUCCAGGCGGGAGCUGCAGCAACGCUUUGUGGCCAUGAAUCCAGACUGGAGAGGCAAAGCUGGUGCUGUGGCCCCAGACGGUGAUGUCUUCUUAGAGGAUGAGGAGGUCCUCCAUUUCAGGGUUCCUGCUUGUGAGAGCUGCGGCGGGACCUUGAAACCAGAGGUUACCUUUUUUGGCGACACUGUGAAUAAAUCCACGGUCGAGUUUGUGCACAGCAGAUUGGCCGAGUCUGACUCGGUACUGGUUGUUGGGUCGUCUUUGCAGGUGUAUUCAGCAUACCGGUUCUUACUGGCAGCCGGAGACAGAAAAAUUCCAGUCGCCAUCUUGAACAUUGGGCCAACCAGGGCAGACCACCUGGCCGAGCUCCGGGUUAAAGGUCGAUGUGGAGAAGUUCUGUCUCUUAUUCAUCCUCAUUAAUGGAUGCGGAGCUUUCAUGCUGUCCUUGGUCACAACUACCUCAUAUUUAACAUGGAUCAUUCAUGACAGAAAUAUUCAGCUCUCUGUCACGAAGGUGUUUAACAAAGCAGGUCUGAGAGCAGGUUCUGUAGCUGUGCGACUCAGGUAGUAAAUAAAUGAAUAAAUAAUGCUAGUGUUCUGAGGUUAAACAGAUAACUGUAUGUGUUUAUCAUGGUGUGAGUGGUGCAAAGUGCUGCUGUGCGUUAUGCAAUAAAUGGUUAUAUUUAAAGUGUAAAACGGUCAAAAUUUUGACGCUGUCAACUGUUUUAGGGGACAGUAAUAAAUG